AUAACAGCCAGAGCGCGCUACCGAAUAAGUCACUUUCCAUCGCCGUCUUGUGGACAAGGCAGGCGACUGGCGACCCUGCCGUCAUGACGGAAUGGGCAGUGUUCAAGCGCCUCCUGGACGCCGUCUACCAGCAUUCAACUCUUCUGGGGCAAGUGUGGCUCACGGUCACGCUAAUAUUUCGGCUCCUGAUCGUGGCGGUGGCGAGUGAAAGCGUGUACGAAGACGAGCAGGCACAGUUCGCCUGCAACACUCUGCAGCCAGGCUGCCCGACCGUUUGCUACGACCGCUUUGCACCCAUCUCGCAUCCACGCUUCUGGAUUUUCCAGAUAAUCAUCGUGUCUUCCCCUUCGCUCUGCUUCCUUAUCUACGUGUGGCAUAUGCUGUCCAAAGGUGGAACUGUCGGAGAUGGACGCAAAGGGAUCUGUCCCAUCUCAGAAGACGCCAGCAACAAGGAUCAAGCUGACAUAUCAAAAUACAAGCCAUACACGGGUGGACCGUACAAGAGUGAUGAACAGCUACUCUUUCUCUACAACGAACAGGACACCUUUCGUGACCUAAAUGCUGAACCCUGCACAACGAAAUGGGGCAAGAUGGGACAACCGCGGAAUCGAAUAUGGAACUGCUAUGUCCUGCACGUGUGCUGCAGAACUAUUCUGGAAGUUGCAUUUGUGUUGGGUCAGUGGUUGCUCUUUGGUUUUAGGGUCCCCAUUCACUACAAGUGCCAAGUUUUCCCUUGUCCGCUUAUCGUCGACUGCUUUGUUUCCAGGCCAACUGAAAAAAAGAUCUUCUUGCUGUUCAUGUUUUCUGUCGGUGUUUUCUGCAUUUGUCUCAACAUCGUCGAGUUGAACCACUUGGGAUGGAAGAAAAUCAAGAGCCUUAUCACAAAGCGAAAUAAUUUGCAUGUGCAAAUUGAAGAAACAACUAAUCCCAUAAGUGUAGCUGAAGAUUCAUGUUGCCAAGUCUCCACUCAUCAUAAUCUACAAGACAAUAAAUCUCAUCUACAAACGAAGUCUUCAUCUUCUUCCAGCACUUCAGCAGCUUACGAUGUGCAUGCUCAAGAACAUCUCCGCCCACACUUCAACUUCGCUCAAAAAAUAACUUUGGACAAACGAUUCCAAGAACAGACACUGUACCGUAUGGGUGAGGAAAGUGGAGAGAUUUCACCGAAAAAGGUAUCACGGAAAAACAUUGACUUGUGGGUAUAACUUGCAACAUCUUAAUGACAAAAAAACACAUUUGAAUGUGAAUCUCAUUUCUGUAUUCAUACUGUGUAUUAUGUGAUCAAUGUAAGUGUAUAAAAACUCUCUCCGAUUGAUUGAGCUUCGACUUUAUUGUAACAGCCAAGCAAAUCAGGUAUAGGAUGACAAAUCACAGAGGCUUCUUUAUUUUGUAUUAACAAAGAAUGUAAAUACUAAGAAGUGAAUACAAUAUGCUGAGGUUUGAGAGCCAAAAUCAUUCAAAUGAACACAUUGAACAUACAUUUAGCGCAUCAUGUAAAAGUUGUUGUACAGGAAAAGCAAGUGUUUUUUGAACAUGUAUAUAACUUUGGUGGGCAGUAGCAGUAAGAAUGUAUUACAAGUAAAUUUCAUCAACAAUGCAUGAAAACAAAUGUAACCCAUAGCAUGCAUUUUAAGAAUGAAAACCUUUACAUUUUCAGGAAUGGUCCAUGCCUAGUUUGAAAAAUCUAAAAGCUGUGUAAUGAAUGGUGUUAAUCUUUUAUGGAUAUAACACUAGGUUCAACAGCGAAUGCAUUACUGAACAAAAGAUGCAUUUUGGACAAUGUAUAACACGCUAUCUUUUUAGUCCAGACAUAAAGCAGCAUCAAUUUCAGUGAAAGAAAAAAAAACAAACCUGAUAUGUAUAUUCAUGGCAAUUUUUAUAUUUUGACACUAUGUUCCAGUUUUUUUGUUGAAUGGUAAUAUCCACAAUUGACAGAUACAUAAUGCUGCAAUAAUAAAUAAUAAACACCACGUAAGGAUGUUUAAAAAAUAAUGGGACUGUAUGUACAUCACUGGGUAGACUUAUAAAGAAAAAACGAUGGUAUAAAAUGCGGCUUGAAAAAAAAGCAAUGAAAACGGGGUAAAACUGUUUCGUGCCACAAUGCAUUCUUACUUCUACUACAACCAUUGAUCGCGCAUAAACCAUGUGUCACAAUUUUAAAUCUAUUUCGCAUAUUCCAAACCAAGUGUAAUAUUUUGUUCCUGGAGUGCUCCAAUGUGCAUUUGUAUGUCAAUGUGAACAAUGAAGAGAAAAACACCACGAUCAAAAUAGCACUCACUACUUCCCAUACGAAUUGAAAGACCUCAUCCAGGGAAAUACUUUACAAAACAAAAAAACGUAAUAAUGAUCAACGUGUAUACACGUAACAUAUUUGAAAGUUAAACAAAAACAACGAUAUUUAUAUUUUUCACUACAGACACAAAAGAAAAUACUGUAAUAUGAAGAUGUAUUUUUUUUUUAUCUUUCCUGCAUUACACAUACGUCCCUUUCAGAGUCUGGAUAUCCAGAAGCAAGCAUUUUAAUCUGGGUCAUAAAGACCUCUGCAUGCACAACACUCAUAUUCAAACUAAAAAAAAAGUGUAAG